CCGCCGCCGCCGCCGCCGCCGCCGCCGCCGCCACCGCCGCCCGGAUCAGCCAUGGCCCGAAGACGCCGCGCGAAAAAGGCCCAGGCCGACCCCUCCGAUGGGGCCCUGCCUCCCGGGGCCGCCACGCCGAGGGCGACCGUGGUCGUCACCCCGCCCCGGGACCUUGUCAUUCGGUACGUCUGCCCGCGCGGCCUGCUCGCCUGCCAGCUGGCCCCCGGCACCCGACUCACCGCUUCGGCCCGCCCCCCGGCCGCGGGCCGCCAGGUACCACCUGCGCUACACCGGGCCCAUGGUGCUGCUGGCCCUCCUGUUCGCCGGGCUCCUGGCCGGCCAGGUGCUCCUCUACCAGAGGCGCCCGCUCAUGCCGCUGACCGCCGCCCCGGCCAUCCCGCAGCAUGGCAUCCUGCCAUACAGCUCGCCGGACCAGGCCAACAAGGGCAUCAUCGUGGACGGCGUCCACCGGGCCUGGUGGCUGGAGUUCGGCGCGCCGGCCAACAGCACCGUCUCCGGCGAUGCGGCCUUCCGCGUGCCGGCGCUCGCGUCCAACGAGCACUUCGCCGAGAGUGUCUGGCUCCCGGCCCGGGCCAAUGUGACCGUCGUCAUGGCGCUCGCCCCGGACUCGGGAUCGGGGGCCGGCGCCGAUGGGGCCGGUGCCCCGGGCGCCAGCAGCUCCCCGGGCCGCGGCCCUCCCUCCGGCCGGGCUUCCGAAGCCCCGGCCUGCCCGGUGAAUCUCUUCCUGAUCCCCGGGCGCCAGGCCUACCGGGACUGGCGCCAGGGGCUGGCAUGGCCGGAUGCGGCGCUCCUGCUGCCGCUGGCCGCCAGCCCGACGGUGCACAGCCUGACCCAUGUGCCCGGCGCCGGGGAUUACUUCACCUUCGUGGCCCAUGUGGACCCGUGGGCCGUGGCCGGGCUGCCCUGCCGGCUCUCGGCCUCCCUUCACAUUCAGCUCUCCUGGACCGGCGACCAUCCGCGCCUGGCGCCGGAGCGCAUGCUCACCCCGGGGCUGACCUACAGGCUGCCACGCUGCCAGCUGUUUCUCCAGUCGGCCGGGCCGCACGCCGACCCGGCCGUUCGCCUGGUCGGGUCCAAGACCCUGGUCGUCUGCCUGGGCCUGCUGUGCGCCCUGCUGACCCUGGGCACUGUGGUGGCCUGCUGUGUGAUGGCCAAGCGCCGGAAGCCGGCCCUUCAGCGGGCCUUCCGCCAGGAGGUCAUCGAUCUGGAGCUGGCCCGGAUGGAGGCCCGGCCGCCGGUCGCCCACCUGCCCCUGCCGGAGCCGACUUCCCGGGCCUUCACCGGGCGCCUGAAGGUGCCCCGCCAUGAUGAGCAGCACCGGCUCCUGGAGCACCUGCCCCGGCAUUUCGACUUCCUCCGCCAGUGCCUCGGCCUGGUCACGGUUUGCAAGCAGGACUUCCGACGGCUCGUCGACACGGUGGCCAGCUUCCCACCGCCGCGAGACGCCUGCGUGGACUUCUUCAACUCGCGGGAAUACAGCCAAACCAGCAUCAUCCACACGCGCAUCGUCUGCCAGCUGAACCACCUGGCCCCGCUGCUGCGGGCCGUCCUGGUGCAGAAUAACCUCACCCCGGAGCGGGCGCGCGACCCGCUGCGGCUGUAUCUGUUCGACGACCUGCCGGAGCUGCGGCAUCGUGUGUUUGAGCUUUCCCUGCGGUUUGCCCUCUUCGAGCAGCUGCGCGCCGGCAAGCUCAUCAGCACGUCGUCCGAUGGCGAUUUCGCCUUCUGGAAGGCCGGGGCCCUGGGCCCGGACAAACUCCAGGAGCUGCACACGUGCGUCGGGCGGCUGACCGACUCGCCGCUGGAUUGGGACGCCGCCAUGGGGGCCAUUUUCUCGGACACCUUGCGGCCCCCGGCCCACAACGCCGACGACCAGCAGACCGUGUACCUGCACCCGGGGCAGCUGGGCAUCCCCUCGGGCCCCGGGGCAAUGACCCCGGUGGCCGUCCGGCUGCCGCCUCGACCUGCCGAGCCGCCCCCCCAGCCCGGAGCCCAGUCCUCCAAGGAGGCCAGCUUCUUCGGCCGCGGGAAUGUCGUCAGCCCGGCCCUGGUUACCGAGCAGCCGGUGCCGGAAUUCGCGCCGCCCUCCUACUACGAGACCACCUCCACGUCCUGGACGCCGCUCUUCAGUGACUUCUUGCCGACCGGCCGGCGCGAGCACACCUACUUCCCGCUGGCCGACCCGCUGGUGGAGCACCCCUCGGCCCCGGCAGCGCCAAGCCGGCGGCGCUUCGGGCGGACGCGCUACGCGCGGCUCUUCGACCUGCCGGACUACCCGUACGCCGAGGAUCACCACCACCAUGACUCCGGCCGCCACUUCGGCGGCGACCCCCACUCGGGCAUGGAUGAUGAUGAUGAUGACGGCGACAUGGACGACUGAGAUGCAUGCGCACAUGCAGCCAUCCCCAAUGCAUCUGCCUGUGGCGAUCGUGGUGUCGA